AUGGGACCUAUCAAGAACAAAGCUCUGAUCAAUGUUGACCUAGGAGAGGGCUUUGGAAAUUGGACAAUCACUUCAGAUGAAGACUUGCUUCCGUUCAUUGACCAUGCCAAUGUUGCCUGUGGAUUUCAUGCCUCUGAUCCCCUCAUCAUGAUGGAAACCGUUCGCAGCUGCAAGAAACACGGCGUCAAGAUUGGAGCACACCCCGGCCUGCCAGAUCUCCAGGGCUUCGGUCGACGAGAGAUGAAACUCACGACAGACGAACUUACUGCAAUCACUGUUUACCAGGUUGGGGCCCUCAAGGGGUUUCUAGACCAGGAGGAAGUCCCCCUUCACCACGUCAAGCCCCACGGCAUGCUCUAUGGCAUGUGUUGCAGAGACUACGAUACUUCAAUGGCUGUCUUCAAGGGCAUCCCCAAGGGCGUCAAGGUGUUUGGACUUCCAGGUACUUGUAUGGAGCGGGCUGCCAGAGAUUUGGGGAUCGAGUUCGUUGCCGAGUUUUAUGCGGAUGUCAAGUACAAUGCGGAUGCUUCCCUUGUGAUCGAGCGCAAAAAGAAGGCUUGGGAUCUUGCCGAGGUCCGUCAACGCGUAACUCAGCAGAUGGAAUCUUGCACUGCUCCUGCAAUUGAUGGAUCGACAUGUGCAUUAGCCGUCAAGGAUUACCCCGUGUCCAUUUGUUGUCAUUCCGAUGUUCCUGGGUGCCUGGAGCUAGUGAAGGCGACAAGAGCCGCUGUCGACACCUUUAACAAGGCUUACUUUCCUGAUAACUAG